UAUAGAAAAUAUAUAGUUAAAAGUGGUAUACCAAAAGGGAAUUGGGAAGGAGAUAGCGCUUUGUUUGAAGGGGAAAGUGAAAGAAAAAAAGAACGAAGAACCGAUUUGUCUGAGAAGAUGAGCGGUGGGGGGUUUAGGGUUUCAUCAAUCCCCAACAGUGUAAGGAAAACGAUCCAAAACAUAAAAGAGAUCACGGGUAAUCAUAGUGAAGAUGAGAUUUAUGCAAUGCUUAAAGAAUGUUCUAUGGGUCCCAAUGAAACCGCUCAGAGGCUCCUCCUUCAGGAUCCUUUCCGUGAAGUCAAAAGAAAACAUGACAGGCGAAAAGAGAGUUCGAACAACAAAGAGUCUACAGAGCCUCGGUGGCGAUCUGGUUCACAGGGAAGGGGGACUAGGGGUGGCCGAGGGAAUUUCCCUCCACGUUACACAGCACAUGAGGCUGGUGUUUCUAAGAGUUCUGGUCAUGGAAGAGACAAUGGAAUGGAUCAAGUUGCAGAGAAAGGUGGUGGUCAGUCCAUGUCAACCUUGCAGGACACAAAAACAAAAGAAUCUACGCUCAUUGUCAGUCCUGUACCUGCCAUGGUCAAUGGUACUCCUGGUGUAGUGGCUGAAACCUUUUCUGCACAUGCAAGAAAAGCUGCCAAUCAACGUAAAGAAAAAUCAUCUGCUGGUAACAGUGAGUUAAGGAGUGCACAAUCCCCUGUUGAUGCCAUAAGCAAACCAACUAUUGCAUUUGGAAGUGGGGACAUGAGUGGGCAUCCUGCAGCAACCUCUAGUGACUUUUCCAUGUCCACUGCUCCAGCAUCUUCAUCAGCAAUCUGCUUCUCAUCUUCAGAACCCGAAUCAGUUCUACACAAUGUUUCUCAUCUCCUUGGCACUUUGGACACUAUCAAACAGGAAAGCGACCGAGCUUCUACAGAACCAAAUGCAGUUAUUCCUACCGAAAACAAAUUAGCAUCCUUCUCGUCUUCAGAACCUGCACUAGUUCCAUCCAAUGUUUCUCGGCUCCUUGGCUCAUUGGACACAAUCAAACAUGAAACAGGAAAAAACCGAGCUUCUACUGAACCAAAUGCAGUUAUUCCUAUUGAAAACAAAUUAGCAUCUGCGGCUACUGAGGCUAGUAGCUCCUUCCUGCAAGGAAAGAUGCCAAGCAAAUCCUCCGCAGUUGUGAACAAUCCGCUGGGUGAGUCUGCUCAUCCUUCAUCUACAGUAACCCAUGGUUCCUCUGCAACUUGGCCUUCAUCCAAUUAUAGUAGCCGCUCGCAACAAAUAAUUGACCCUCAGAAAGUUGGUUCUAAUAAGGAGUGGAAAUCAAAGCCAAUCAACUCUAAUAUUGGGCUAGGUUCUGGAACAGCUGGUGCAUCCGAAGUUCCUAUUUUUUCACUUGAAACUAAUGCUCAUUCGUUGCCCGUUUCAUUUGAGUCAGAAGUAGCCACUUCAAAAUUGCAGAAAAAGUUGGAGGAAUUACAUUUCCCACAUCGUCAACAUGUAAUAAUUCCCGACCAUAUCCAUGUCCCAGAAUCAGAAAGAAUCAAGCUGAGUUUUGGAAGUUUUGAUGCUGGUUUUGGAGUAGCAUUAAACAAUGUUGGUAGUCAGGAGACUGAUAAGAGUUCUACACAUUUGUCUGAGGCUUCUCAAGAUGUUCAUGAAACUGCCGAGGAACAGGGUUCAAGCAAUCAAAAUGCAUUGGCUACUGCUGAGGAAGGAGAUUACACUGAUCAUCCUCAAUCAGCUGCUCAUGCACCUGAAAAUUUGUCUCGUGAUGGUGGUGUUGCUAGUUCCAUUCCAGAGUAUAAUGAAAACAAACAGGAGAAUGCAUUGCUCUCUGGAAGCCAUCAACACUCUGCAGUAACAUCUCCCAAUUAUAGUUUUGGAAUUGUGCCUCCUAUGUUAGCACCUUUCGGAAAUGCUGAAUCUCAAGCCCGUGAAGUUUCUCGCCUUUCAAGCUUUGUUGUUCCUCAGCCAUUUGACCCGGCAGCUUAUUAUGCCCAAUUCUACCGUUCUAGUUCUGAUACUGAUGUUCGUGUUUCUCCCUUUCCCUCCGGAGUUGCUACAAAGUACAAUGGGAAUGUUGCGGUUCUUCCUCCACAGACAUCUCAGUGUGCUCAAGAGGGUGGAAACUCUUUGGUACUGACUACAAGUAGUUCAUCUCCAGUAGCGACUCAAGCUGCUGGGAUGAUGCAAAGUUCUAUAGCUGUGACUCAGCAACCAGUCCCUGUCUACCGCUCAGCAUCUGGGGUGCAUUUACCACAUUAUCCUCCAAACUACAUUCAAUAUGCCCCCUUUUACUCUCCUUUUUUUGUUCCUUCUCCUGCGAUCCACCAAUUUAUAAACAAUGGGUUGUUUCCUCAACAACCUCAAGUCGGUACUGUUUAUCCUUCUGCACCAGCAGCACCUACUGCAGGAGUCAAAUUUUCACUUCCUCAAUUUAAACCCGGAAGUGAUACACCAAAUUCUGCUCAUAUUGGAAUUCCAAGUGGUUAUGGACCAUAUGGCUCCUCAGCCGGUUAUAAUCCAAGUUCUGCUGUGGCCACUGGGAAUUCAAUCACAAAUGAAGAUCUUGGUGGUGCUAAGUUCAAGGAAAACAAUGUCUACGUCACUGGGCAGCAGAGUGAAGGUUCAGCUGUAUGGAUUGCUCCCCCUGGGCGAGACAUAUCCAGCCUGCGGCCAAGUUCAUUCUAUAAUCUUGCCCCUCCAGGUCAGAAUGUAACUUUUGCUCCUACACAAGUUGUUCCUGGCUCCUUUGCUGGUAUAUAUCACCCACAAGCAGCAACAGCAGCAGCCGUUCAUCCUCUUCUACAACAGGCUCAGACUAUGGCUGGAGCUGUUAAUAUGGGGGGAUCUGCUGCUGGUGUUUAUCGGCAGCCACAACAUGCACAGAUGAACUGGUCCAGUAACUACUGAAGCAGGGCCAUAUACUUUUUUUUUGUAAACCAACCAACCAAGACAUUCAAUAUCCAAUCUUGGGGUAAUUUUGGGAGCUCACCUCCAAUAGGUUUGAAUGGAGGGGAAUCAAGAAGAUACAUCAUUGGCUGGAGUUGAAAAGUGUAAAAUCCAUUGGAGGAUGGAGAAAGAAAAACCCGUGAAUAGUAUCAUCUGUCUUGCUAGGGUUGAGGAUUUGUAGGUCUUUCUCUUGGCAUAUGGUAUUACCAAUAUUCAUUUUCUUAGUUUAAAGCUAAUGACCCCUUUUGUUUUUGUAAGUUUUUCAAGUCCAAGGAUUUUAGGAUUGAGUGGUGAGACCGUGAGAGAACAUGUUCCCCUCUUUAUUUUCAGGUUUAGGGGUUUCUGGAAGGUGAGAUUUUAAGGUUGGUGGACGAUUCUUUGCAGUGUCUUUUCUUCUUAUCUUUACCUGUAAACAGAAUUUCAUUAGUAAGGAUGUGCGGAA